GUCGGUGGAGCCCGCAGCCCCCCGUGCGGCCCGUGGCAGCCCCCAGCCCGCUCGGCCCGCGCCCGCCAUGGUCCGUCCGCGCCGCGCUCCGCACCGCUCCGGCGCCGGGGGCCCCCUCGGGGGUCGCGGCCGCCCCCCACGGCCCCUCACGGUGCGCGCCGCCCGCUCGCGCUCCUGGCCGGCCAGCCCCCGGGGCCCGCAGCCACCGCGGAUCCGGGCCCGCUCGGCCCCUCCCAUGCAAGGCGCUCGGGUCUUUGGGGCCCUGGGUCCCAUCGGGCCCUCCUCGCCUGGGCUCGCCCUCGGGGGCCUGGCUGUGGGCGAGCACCGGCUCAGCAACAAGCUGCUGGCCUGGAGCGGCGUCCUGGAGUGGCAGGAGAAGCGCAGACCCUACUCGGACUCCACGGCGAAGCUGAAGCGGGCCCUGCCCUGCCAGGCCUACGUGAACCAGGGCGAGAACCUGGAGACCGACCAGUGGCCGCAGAAGCUCAUCAUGCAGCUCAUCCCGCAGCAGCUGCUGACCACCCUGGGCCCCCUGUUCCGCAACUCCCAGCUGGCGCAGUUCCACUUCACCAACAGAGACUGCGACUCCCUCAAGGGGCUGUGCCGCGUCAUGGGCAACGGCUUCGCGGGGUGCAUGCUGUUUCCUCACAUCUCCCCCUGCGAGGUGCGCGUGCUCAUGCUCCUGUACUCGUCCAAGAAGAAGAUCUUCAUGGGCCUCAUCCCCUACGACCAGAGCGGCUUUGUCAACGCCAUCCGGCAGGUCAUUACCACGCGCAAACAGGCGGUGGGUCCCGGCGGGGUCGCGGGCCCAGUUCAGAUCGUCAACAACAAGUUCCUGGCGUGGAGCGGGGUCAUGGAGUGGCAAGAGCCCAGGCCUGAGCCCAACAGUCGGUCCAAGAGGUGGCUGCCGUCGCACGUCUACGUGAACCAAGGGGAGAUCCUGAGGACUGAGCAGUGGCCAAGGAAGCUGUACAUGCAGCUCAUCCCGCAGCAGCUGCUGACCACACUGGUGCCGCUGUUCCGGAACUCGCGCCUGGUACAGUUUCACUUCACCAAGGACCUGGAGACGCUCAAGAGCCUGUGCCGGAUCAUGGACAACGGCUUCGUGAGUGUGGCGUGUGCGGGCCGGGCGAGCGGGUGGGGGCACGGCCGGGCGGAAAGGCCCCCCUGGGCAGACGGGGCCGGGUCCGCUCUGUGUUUGAAAACUAGAAGGCGGAUGACGGCCGGUGGCUGUUUCCCCAAAGCCAGCUGGGGAGAGAGUGGCGGCAGCCCCCACGGUGACAGCCAGUCGGCCUUGUGUCCAGACACCUGUCGGCUCCCGGUCCACGGGACUCCCCGGGUCUGUGCCGUCCCGGACACGUUUUAUAGAUGGGGAAACUGAGGCUCAGAGUGGGACUCGCACCCGGUGUGGUACCGGCCUCCGGGGUCGACUCAGAGUCUCGCCAGAGUCUCGAGGGGCUGGAACCACUGAGUGCUGACCCGGUGCUCCCAGGUCCCUCCUCCACGGGGACCGGGUUUUCUCGUGGACGAUCCGAGGCUCCGGAAGAGCCCUGCCAGGCAGCGAGGUCUGUCUGCUCCCAGCCCGAGCUCUCAAGGUGCCGGCUUAUCCUCCAGCGGGUCUUGACCUCAGUUUGUCUGCGAGGGGAGGUGCGUUGUCUCGGUGCUUGUGAAAGCACAGCCGUCGCCACGUUUUGUGGACGUUUGCAGUCACAGGCCGGCAUGCGUCCCCAACUAUCUGAUUCCGUCACAGCAGCGCAAGUGCGUUGGAGGGAGGGCUGUGUAUUUCUUGUGUCACAAAAGUUUGAGAGCACAGCGCUCCCGCGGGGGAAGCUGGAAAAGCCGCGCAUGCACCUGGCCGGCCCUGCCCAGCGUUCCGCGCUCCCUCGGUGGGGCCGGGGCUCAGGUAGGAGCUCCGGAGGGGCUCCCCCCUGGACACCUGCCGCCGCCGUCUCCCCGGGGUGGCGCGCAGGAAGGCACAGCCCCUUGUGGUUUGAGGGGCCCUGGGAGUCCUUGAACUCAGCCUCAGUUUGCCCACCUAUAAGCCGGGGGUGGUGACUGGAGAGCAGGGUCCAGGGAGGCAGAGCGGGAGCGCUUCUCCCGAGGUGGCUGUCCGUUCGGCCGCGUCCCUGGUUUGAGGGAACAGUGUCGUUGACAGUUCACUGGGGAUUCGUGGUUGGCACUUGAGCCGCUCCAGGGCCUGCGUGUGGGGGACUUAGUGCUGGGCUUCCUGGGGCCCGAGGGGGCCUCUGCGAGUCCUGGCCAUGGCCACCUGGCGCCUCGGGGGCAGUCCGCGUACUCGCCAGCCCACCAUCGCCCUGCUUGUCGUGGGCGCCGUGGUCUCCUUGGAGCACGUCGCAGCCAAGUCGCGGUGCCUCUGUGCAGAGCCCGUCGGUCCCCAGGCCGUGGCGGGCUUGUGUGUCCUUGUCCCCAAGCGGUAGCGACACCGGGGCCGGGGGGACGGCGGUCAGGACGCAGCGUGCCGCGGCCCCAAGGGGCGCCGGCCCCGCGUGCUCGUGCCCCGGUGGCCGUGGGGAGGCGCGUCCGCACCGCGGCCAGACGGUGACCCCGCCCCCGCC